GCUAUUUAUUUCCACUCGUGUAUCCGUUAUCACUGGUGGGAACAUAUUUCAGUUUUUUUCUCUUAGUCCUAGAAGAAAGAUGAGUAACAGAUACGUGCGCAGCAGUCGUGUCGCAGAUACAAGCGGGCUGCUGAUAUUUGACAGUUGCUAUUUUGAUUUCUAGGUUCUAGAAUAUCAUAUUUUGAUUUUUUUUAGUUGUUAAAUUUGAAUCGAUCUUUCUAUCUGUGUAGUCCAGAACUGUGAACUUCUGACAUUGACCUAUCUGUGUGACUAAGUGUAACUCGGUUAAGUUCAGUUAAUCCUGAAGGUAAUAAUGGUUGUCAAACCCAAUCUUCUCCCUCGUCCCCUUAUGCUUAGUCGCGCUUCCAGCAUGGCGGAUCUUUCCCGCUCCUCCAGCUUCAGCGUGCUGGCACCGGAGGAAGGCAUGCAGCAAGAAUUGCUGGAAGGUCUCAAGAAAAUCGAGACAGCGCUUGGCAGUGUUUUGACCAUCCAAAAUGCUCGCAGUUCGGCCGAAACUGCCGUUAAAUCAGUAAACGACGGAGUUCUUCUUCCGGCAAAUUUCUUUGCUGGGAAUCCAGGUGAAAGUGCUGGCUACCCAGCAGGUCCGGACAGUGGAGAACCAUUAAACGAACUGGACGAGCAUGUUGACGUGCCUGAAAGAGCUGGCAACCCAGCUGGUGCUGGCUUCCCAGCAGGUGCUGGCUACCCAGCAGGAAACGCUCGCAUUGGUGGCAACGAACAGAAUAACAACAUGCAACGUGCUGGGCUGCCAGCUGGGUACGGUGGAAAUGCACCGCGCGUAGGAGGAUUUCGUCGUCGCCCUACUCGUCGGGAUGGGGAGCGCUCGCGCGGUUUCCAGGAAUUCCUGCAGAUGAAAAACGCGGAGCAGCGUCGUAUCCGCCAAGCGCGCGCUAUUGAAGACGACGCUGCGCGCCGUGCUCGUGACGAAGAACGUGCUGCUCGAGAUCUGCGCCGUCGACAGGAAGAUAUCAACUUGCAGCAGACUCGUGCCGCCGAGGAUGGAUGCCCGCUGGCAGCGCGAGGACAAUCGCGUGGAAACGGAGCGCGCACGCGAGGAUCUGCGCAAAGCGGAAGAAUGGGACGAAGCGGUGCGCACUAUGCGCAACCAGAAGUAGCGACCGCAGGGAAGCCUGCGCCGUCGGGUAGCCGACGCUUCGUUUUUGCAUUUGCCUUGAUGUUUCACAGAAAUUUGAUGGAGGUUGUUUGAUUCUUUCGUUUUUGAUAUCUAUUUGCUCUUCGCUUUUGUACAGAAUUACAAAAAAUGAAUUUGUUAAAUUGUUUUGUUACGAAAGAAUAGUAAACUGGUUCUGAUGGCAUCUACCAAAGCACAA